AUUACCUGAGAGGAAGAAGACGAACGCCGGGGGGACAGAAUGGACGUCGCAUCAAUCUGCCUCGUGCUUUCAGCGACACUGACCGUCCAGCUCGACAGAUCCCAGUUCCACCGCUACGACUCCAUCAAGCUGAGCUGUGCAGUGCCGCCGAGCUCUGGUGUCUGGAAAUUGAGGAGAAACUCCUCCAAUCUGAUUUCCGAGCCAUGCAACAGUAGCUGGGGUGAGGUACAUGACCCCCCCUCCUGCACCAUUCAGGAAGCAUAUUCAUUUGACAGUGGCGUGUACUGGUGUGAGUCUGACCGGGGGGAGUGCAGUAACGCCAUCAACCUCACCGUUACCGACGGCAAAGUGAUCCUGAAGAGUUCGGCUCUUCCUGUGACGGAGGCGGAGGAGUUGGUGCUUCUCUGUCUCUACAAGGAGGACGAGGACGGCACGGCCACUUCUAACUUCUCUGCCAACUUCUACAAGGACGGCGCCGUCAUUGGGACGCGUGCCUCAGGAGAGAUGACCUUCCCGUCGGUGUCCAAGUCCGAUGAAGGACUCUACAUGUGUGAACACCCCACGGGAGGAAGGUCGCCGCAGAGCUGGUUCGCUGUGAGCACCAAAGUCAGAGCUCAGCCCCUUCCUCCUUCUCCUCCUCCUCCUCCUCCUCUCAUGUCUCCACCCAGGCUGGUGUUUACCAUCCUGCUGAUCGUCCUUUACACCGCGAUGCUCAUAGUGGCUGUGAAGGUUUACACAAUGUGGGCUAAAGCUCGAGCUGAAGCAAAAAGAGCUUCUGAGCGUCUGUCCCUCGGUUGAUCAGACCUAUUUGCUGCUGAUGAAGAAGAAAACAUCA